AUGACCAUCUCAUAUCUACAUUCACUUUCUUGCAACAAAAGUUGCUUGCUUACAUCUCAAUUUUCAAAACCCUUGUUUAUAAACCAAACUCAGAAGAAACUCAGAUUCUCGAUUUCCUUUUGCCUCAAGCAAAACGAAUCUGGUAUUGAACAAGUCGAAGAAGAAGAAGAAGAAGAAUUUACCGUUGUGACGGCCGUAAAAAGCAGAUACAAUGAGAUUGUUAUAGUGGAUACUUUUGCUUCUAGAUAUCUUCUUCUUGAUUCCACUAGGAAUGUGCAUAGUGUUAUCAAUAAAGGAGGCCAGAAUUGGACUGGAGCUUAUUGGGUAAAUGUUGUUAUUGUGUUUAAUUUUGAAUCCUAUCAACAUUUUUGUUUGAAGGACGAGUCUGCGUGUUUGCCGCCUAUUAUCCCUAAUGGUCCCAUUGCAAUCUACGGCUUGGGUGGUGGAACAGCUGCAAGAUUGAUUCUUGAGUUGUGGCCUUCAACGGAGCUUGAAGGUUGGGAAAUCGAUGAAAUUUUGAUUGAGAAAGCAAGAGACUAUCUCGGGCUGUCUGAGCUAGAGAUACCGACAUCAAAAGGCGGUAGACUUUGUAUUCAUGUAGAUGAUGCUCUCUCUCCUUGUCAAGAUGAUUCAAAAAGAUAUGCUGGGAUCAUCGUUGAUUUGUUCGCGGAUGGAAAAGUGCUUGAUCAGCUGCAAGAGAUUCCAAUGUGGCUAGAACUGGCUAGUAGGUUAAUGCCUAACGGUCGCCUUAUGGUGAAUUGUGCGGGAAUCGAAACAGAAGUAAAGAAUGGAAAACCAGAGUUGGUGUUAGAUGAUUUGGCUUGGAUGUUGAAUUCUACUGUCAAGAUCUUAUCAGAAGCAUUUCCUGGACAAGUUAGUUGGAAGAGAACACCAGAUUCAGAAGGUCUCAACUUUGUGGCAUUAACAGGAGGCUUACCUGAUCUUAGUGACUGGUCUAGUAAGGUUCCAGUCCGUUUAAGCGAAUCAGUGAAGCUAUGGAAGCUUUGCGAGACGGUCCCUUUGCAACUCGGUGCUUUGAAUGCAUCUUAACAUCAAGAGUUUUGCCAAAAGAUUUGAUCAGAAACUCACAUGUGGAUAGUGAAAGUUGUGUAUGAUUUGUUUUGCCAAUUGAGUACAGAGAUACACAAAAGGACAAAAAGA